AUGCCCAGCCCCGGCGUAAGCCCGCUCAGCUCCGCUCGGACCCGCUGGCUGGUGACCGCUCGGACCCGCUGGCUGACGUGGGCGCUGUGUAGGAGACGCGCCUGUGCUUUUCCACACGGUGUUAACCAUACCUCAAUAUGGCUUCACGGCUACACCAGGAUUUUUCUGUUUAAUAACAGCGCCCUUGUGGAUGAAGAACGUUUGCAGGUGCUGGGCAGACGUGAACCACUGUCUCUUAUCAACCUCAAAAAGAAAAAUGAAGAAACUGGGGAAGAAGAACUUGCCUCACGCUUAGAUCACUGCAAAGCAAAAGCCACCAGGCACAUAUUCCUUAUCCGUCAUUCUCAAUAUAAUUUGGAUGGCCGGGCUGAUAAAGACAGAACUCUGACCCCACUUGGUCGAGAGCAGGCUGAACUGACUGGACAAAGGCUGGCAAGUUUGGGAAUAAAAUUUGAUCAGAUUAUCCACUCCUCCAUGACUAGAGCAACUGAAACAACUGAAAUUAUAAGCAAACAUCUCCCAGGAGUCAAAAAAAUUAGUACUGAUCUGCUGAGAGAGGGAGCACCUAUAGAACCAGACCCUCCGGUCUCUCACUGGAAACCGGAAGCUGUGCAGUAUUACGAAGAUGGAGCUCGAAUUGAGGCUGCUUUUCGAAACUUCAUUCAUAGAGCUGACGCAAAGCAGGAAGAAGACAGCUACGAGAUCUUCGUCUGCCAUGCCAACGUGAUCCGCUAUAUUGUGUGCAGAGCAUUGCAGUUCCCCCCAGAAGGCUGGCUGCGAAUGUCUCUUAACAAUGGCAGUAUAACUCACUUGGUGAUACGUCCGAAUGGAAGAGUGGCACUUCGAACGCUGGGUGACACAGGUUUCAUGCCUCCAGAUAAAAUCACACGCACCUGAAUGAGCAAAACUGGUGGCUGUCCAGGAGCUGCCUCUAGUCUCUUUGCACUAGUACAUUCAGCUACAGUACCACUAGGUUUUUAUCUGUUAUGUUGGGGUGUGAUGCUGUCUUAAAAAUGUCCUUUAGCCUUUUGCCUCCUUCAUACAUAUUUGUAUCUGCCUUUCAGUCCAGAAAAGAAGAAAUCUUUGUAAGCCUGAAGCUGCCCAAUCCUCAAGUAUUCCCCAAAACUCAAAGCUGAGCUGUGGAAUACAAGGAGGUUGAAUGUCUGUGUGCUCAGCAGUUGCAAGAGCACUGACUUCCCCCCCCGCCCCGGCCCCGUGAAUUACUAACAAACACCACAGCUGCUCCUGUGGAUAUUUUUCUUGUGCAGGAAAGCAAUUGGUGGGGAACUGGAAGGAACGGCCUUGUAUCACGCUGCAGCUAAAACUGGAGAUGAGCCAGCUUGUUCCAGCUCUCACAGAAGUGACAAACAGGGUAUUCUGCUGUUCAAAGGACAAAGGGAUAAGGCUUCAGUUUUUGUAAGCUGUUGAAGAUGUAUGUUUAUGUUGCGUCACUGUUCCCCUCUACCCCCAAAAAGCUCACGUAAACUAUGCCUGGAGGUUGUAAGCAUAAAGCAAAGAGGGUAAAAAACCCAUUUGCCUCAGAGCUUGGUGCUGGAAUUAACUGCUGCUUAUAUUAAGUAAGUAAGUGUUCCUCCACCCUCAGGAAGUUCUUUCUUUAAGCUAUUCUGAAUAAUGUUUUUCAGUCUCGUAAAGCCUUUAACUAAAACUUGGCCUGUAGAAGGAUGUAGGGAUGAGUUUGUAGCAGUAGGAUGGAAGGAAAGGAAAG